GCGGGCGUCCGGGGGGCGGGGCUGGGUCGCUCCGCCGCCUCAGGAAAGUUCUGAGGCAAGGCCGAGCCAAGCGACUCUCGGCUCCGAAACCAGCUGUUUCACCUCUUUUUUUUUUAACUCCGCCAACGGCCCCCAGCCUACAGGUCCGGGCUGCUCUGCUGGUCAAAGUGCGUGCGGACUAGUUGGCAAAGUUGAGGGCGGCGACGUCUCUGGGAACAGCUGUUUGCGUUCGGGGCGGAGGCGGCGCGCGAGCUCCUCGGCCACGAGCCAGCGAGCCUAGAAGAAGGGUGGAGGUUCUGGAUCUCAGGGAAAAAAAGAGAAGGCGGGAUGACGCGGGGACGUGAGGCUUGAGCUUCCCGUCUCUCAGCUCAGGUCCCGUCGCGCUUUCGCCCCUUCUCCGUGACCUCAACCCGUUUAUAGCAACCCCACCUCUCCGGAGCCGGGAGUACCGCCCCUGGAGGGGGAGGGGAAGGAGAGGAAAUUUCGAACGCGGAUUGAGUCGUCUGGGUACCCGUAGUUGGGAACCGUGGAACACUGGUCCGGGGGAAGAAGGGAGGUGUCCGGGCUCGGAGGCUGCGGUGGGCCUCGCGGUGAGCUGGGCUCCGACUCGUCCCGCGUGGGGAACGCGAGCCUCAGCCGGGCCCGGAGCGACCCGCGGAGCGGCUGGUCCUGUCAUGGCAGACUACUGGAAGUCCCAACCAAAGAAAUUCUGUGAUUACUGCAAGUGCUGGAUAGCGGACAAUAGGCCUAGCAUUGAAUUUCAUGAAAGAGGAAAGAAUCAUAAGGAAAAUGUGGCAAGGAGGAUCAGUGAGAUUAAACAGAAAAGCCUGGAUAAGGCAAAGGAAGAAGAAAAGGCAUCAAAGGAGUUUGCUGCAAUGGAGGCAGCUGCCCUGAAAGCAUACCAAGAGGAUUUGAAAAGGCUUGGCUUAGAGUCAGAAAUUUCAGAUCCAAGCGUGUCACCAGUAACCAGCACUAUGCCACCCACCUCUGCAUCAAAUCAGCAGAAAGAAAAGAAGAAAAAGAAAAAAGACCCUUCAAAGGGCAGAUGGGUAGAAGGCAUAACCUCUGAGGGUUACCAUUACUAUUAUGAUCUUAUCACAGGAGCAUCUCAGUGGGAGAAACCUGAAGGAUUUCAAGGAAACUUAAAAAAGACGGCAGUGAAGACCGUUUGGGUAGAAGGUUUAAGUGAAAAUGGCUAUACCUAUUAUUAUAAUACAGAAACAGGGGAAUCCAGAUGGGAAAAACCUGAUGAUUUCAUUCCACACUCUGGCGAUCUGCUUUCUAGUAAAGUCAAUGAAAAGUCACUUGGCACCCUAGAAGAGUCCAAAUCAUCAGAUUCACAUAAUGAUUCUGAUGGGGAACAAGAAGCAGAAAAGGGAGGAAAAAAAGGAGAGGUCUCUACAGAAACGCAAAAGCUAAAAAUAAAGUUUAAGGAAAAAAAUAAAAAUAGUGAUAAAGGAACUGAACCAGAAACACAGAAAGAAAAAAAUACCCAAGGGAAGAAUUCAUCAGGUCCAAGUGAAGAAAACCCCAAAGCUCAUAAAAAAUCAAACCCAUAUGGAGAAUGGCAAGAAAUUAAACAAGAGGUUGAGUCCCAUGAGAAGGUAGAUUUGGAACUUCCAAGCACUGAAAAUGAAUAUGUAUCAACUUCAGAGGCUGAUGUUGGUGGGGAACCCAAAGUGGUUUUUAAAGAAAAAACAGUGACUUCUCUUGGAGUCGUGGCAGAUGGAGUGGCCCCAGUCUUCAAAAAGAGAAGAAUUGAAAAUGGAAAAUCUAGAAAUUUAAGGCAACGAGGUGAUGAUCAAUAACUGUAAAAAAAGCUUUUUGUAUGGGCUUUUUGGACAGAAUGGAGACAAUACAUCUUAAAAGCGCCUCUCUGUUUAUUUUACAGUACUUAAAUGCUAAAAAUUUAGACUUAUUCUAAAUGUAAAAUAAAUCUUUUUUCAUGUGAAAUUGAUUUUUGUUCCUAAAAUGGAAGCCUACCACAUUGCAUUGUAAUACAGUGUAUUAUGUUCAGUGUCUAAAAAUUGCUAAUUAUGUCAUAAGAUGCUAUGUAUCUGUUAUUUAAAACAUGGAAAAGAAAGGCCUUUAUUCCAUUCUUACUCAUAUGAACAUACUUGUACUGCACUGAAAAUGCAUUACUUUUGCAUGCAGAUAUUAUCCAAGAAAUAAGAAUUAGACCACAUAAGAGAAGAUUCACAGCCCGUGAUGAGUCAGUCCUGAGGAUCCUGUCAAAAGAACUGAUGUAGAAAGUGUAUGCAUAUUGGCUUGCUUUAUUCAGUUUAACAUCAAGGGCCAAGAACCAGGACUGAAGCUUAGGUCGUGCUUAAUAUGGAAUGAAAAUCGAACCAAAGGUAGAAGGGUGUAUCUGCCUGGUUCAAUGCAAAGCAACAACCAUUGCUUAAGCAUUUUCGCCUUGAGCCAGGCACUGUGCUAGGAACUGGAGAUGUAAAGGUGAGCAAGACAUAUCUCUGUUCUUCACGACUUCUCAUUCUGACGGAGUCCUUUUUUCCCGUCAUGUACUCUGUGUAGCGGCCUUAUAUGUACUGGAUAAUAUUUUUUAGGGUUUAUUUGAAACUGUGUAGAUGAAGUCUUGAACAAAAAUAGCAAGGUCUCUGACUUCAGUAAAAGGUUUUAGUGUUCCUUUAGACAAAUUGGAAAUUUUCCAUUUCCUGGUGAAAUUUCUUAAAAAGUGGCAUUUUCUUAUUUAAUCCAUUUGAAGUAGGUACCUUCCCUUUAUUAUUCCAAAUUCUUAAAAUUAUAUUUUUUAUAAAUUGUACAGUAGUUAACAUUUGGUAGUAUUUGCCUUUUUAAGGUUACUAGUGUACAUGUAAGAAAAUUAUAGCUUAUUAAAAACUUUAUGAAAGAGUAAAUUAAAUAUAUUUUUUUUUCUUCUAAUACUGAUCAGUGUCAACUUAGCAUUGGUGAGACAGAUAGUAUUUGGAGACUUGUCUUUAUAUUUGUUCAGUAUACUUACUUGGCUAUUUCACGAAUGUAUAGUGUUACAGAGAAGUAUUUUACAUUCUCCAAGCCCAUUUGUCAUCUAGCUAAUAAGCAGUGCACUUUGGUGCUUGACUCUCCUCAAUUGGAAAAGAUAAUAAGAUAUAAAUGGAGUACUGCUAUAUUUUACCCACAUAUUUAGCUCAUACAAAAUAAACAAUCUGAGGACAUUUUUAAAACCACACCUCAUUAUGUGAAGUGUUUCUCUUUGAUGCGUUCUUUAAAUUAUCUCCUUUACCUUUGUAACAAGACAGUAUUCUCAGAAGUUUACAGGCAGUUCACCUUAAACUGAAACUGGUUUUAAGGAUUGCUCAGAAAAGACUUGACAAACACAAAAAUUUUAGUAAAUCAAAUCAUGAAAAAUAAUACUUUUCUAUUUGCUUUGAAAGAAUAAGUAGAGAAUAUACCAGCUUCAAUUACUGGAUUUUUGCAGAAGUUAAAUAUUUGAUAUCAUGUCUACCAUUACACCUUUCUAUUAUAUUGUUUUGCCUAUAUUUUUGUAUGGUUAGGAGAUUAUAAAGUCAAUGUAUUUUUAUUAUAUAUAAAAAUUCUAAACAAUAGAGAAAUAAGUGUUUAAAAACAAGUCCCAGUAAUCUCUGACCCCUCCCCCAUGGCCACUGUGGGGUUUUGUUUUGUUUUGUUUUGUGUUUUUUUUUUUGCUAAGCAUGUUAAUAUUGUGGGUAUAUGUGGAUAACCCUUAUGACACCUGGAUCUAUGAGGUCUGGUUUCUGGAUGAAAUCGUAUUCAAAGAAGCAUAAUCCAAACAGUCAAAAGCAGUUUUUGUUUUUUAAUGCAAUUUUUAUAACUUCUGAAAACUGUACUGGGGGAAACAACCAGAUUUUUAAGUAUUGAAAAACUGUAAUAAUUAAAAUAGUAUGGUACUUGCUCACACAUCAUACAUAAACUAGAGUUCGUUUCUGGUUGUCUGUUAUUGUACCAGCACCACACUGGUUUCAUUAUCGUGUUUUCAUAGUAUGUUUUAACAUCUGGUGAAGCAGAUACCCUCAUAGUACCUUUCGGUUUAAAAACGUUCAUAUCUAUUCAUUAUUUCAAGUUGCCACCUCUGCCUUCCCCCCAAAACUCUGUGAUCCCAUACCACACCUACUGAGUUGGUAAUAGCUGGCAUAAUUGUUUUUCACAUUGAUUCUUCUCAUCUAUCAACAUUGUCCUUUCAGUUAGUCAGUUUUCUUAGGUCUCUCUAAAGUUGUGUAGUUUUCUCUCUAAUGGGCCCUAUUUGUUUCUUAAAAUGUAAGCUUUCUGAGGGCGCCCACAUCGUAAGUACAUGGCAUACUGUAAGCAGUUAAUAUUUUUUAGUGAAUGAAUGAGAAAAUAGAAGAAAAAGAGCAAAAAAAAGAAAUACAGAUGACUCAAAACUACAACUGGAUGUCAUUUUUCACCAGAUUACCAAACAUCAAUUUGUUAAUGUUGGUGAAGUUGUGAGAAAAUAGGUGAUCUUGUACACUAUUAAAGUAUAUGCAUUAAUCUUUUAAA